AAAAAAAACCCAAUUUCCGUGGAAUUUCUUGCCAUUCAGCUCAACCUUAAAAGCCAAGCAAAAAAAGAAAGAACACCAUAGCUUCUAAAACAGCUUCUAAAGCUUUGCAAAUCCUAAAGGGAAAUGGGUAGCCUUACGAUUGGGGAAAUUUCUGGGGAACUGAUAAAGAAAACAUGUUCGAUUGCGAUGGCAGCACAUAAGUCGCCGGAAAAGCCUUACCUUGUAGAAAAAUCAUCGGAAGUAUUGAUCAGCUUCCCUGGAUCCUGGUCUGUGGGUGACUGGUUUGCUCAACAACCUUUCGGGGAAAUGAAGAUUGAUGGGUCGGAGUUACUGUGUCCCAAGGGCAACGAUAAAGUGGCCACAUCUCUUAGAAGUAUUGGACGUGAUGAACUUGCAAGCGCUAAUAAAGGGUUUUUGACAAGAUUUGAGAUGAUUUUGGCUAAACCUUCGCUUCAAACUGAGGUAGAAAAAGCUAUUAAGGAGAAGAAGAAGAUAGUGUUUACUGGACAUUCAUCUGGUGGCGCCAUUGCUAUCCUAACAACAGUUUGGUUCUUGGAGCACUACUUGAAACCUGGGAAAACCUUGAUGUCACCUCUUUGUGUGACAUUCGGAUCCCCUCUUGUUGGUGAUUUCAUUUUCAACCAUGCACUUAUAAGAGAGAAUUGGUCGAACUUUUUUCUGCAUUUUGUGAUGAGGUAUGAUAUUGUCCCCCGGAUUUUGCUUGCUUCUUUGUCUACCGUGGGGCAGGAACUAGACCAGAUCCUUAAACUGUUGAGCCAGAAGACAAUGUUUCCUAUUCAGGGAUCAGUUCGAGAAGCAUCGACGUUUUAUACAAGUGUGAUGAGAAAUGCAUCAGCUGUUGCCAGCCAUGCUGCCUGCCGAUUAAUGGGAAACACAAAUCCAAUAUUGGAAACUGUGGCAAGCUUCAUUGAGCUAAGCCCUUAUAGGCCCUGUGGAACUUUUGUGUUUCUCCCUGGACAUGGGAAGCUGGUUGUGGUAAAAAAUGCCGAUGCUAUUCUUCAACUACUGUUCUACUCUGCUCAGCUCUGCUCUGAGAAUCAACUUAAUGCCGUUGCUGAGAGAAGCCUCAACGACCACUUGGGUUAUCCAAGCGAGCUUCAAGGAUGCUUAAAUUGGCAAAAUGUUGUUCAAUUAGAUCAUUUGGAAGGGCUUCCACUCUCGUCGAGUGGCGCAGCUGCUGGGAAUAUAGCAACAAACAUUGCCUUGGAUGACCUUGGCUUGAGCACUAGGGCCAGGUUGUGUCUUCGGGCUGCCGGAGAGCACGAAAAGCAAAAAUUAAGUAACCAGCAAAGAAUGGAUAAUAAGAGGCAAGAAAUUGAAUUAGGACUUGCAAAACUAGAAGAGUACAAGAGCAAAUCUGCAUUGUGCAAGGUGGGCUAUUAUGACACCUUCAGGAUAUCAAAAUACGAGGAUGAUUUCAAAGCAAAUGUAACGAGGCUGGAACUAACAGGAAUAUGGGAUGAGAUUAUUGAAAUGCUGAAUAGGUAUGAACUCCCUGAACCAUUUGAAAGCCGAAAAGAUUGGAUAGAGCUUGCAACCAAGUACCGUCGCAUUGUCGAGCCUUUGGACAUUGCCAAUUAUUAUCGACACGCGAAAAACGAAGACACUGGAUCCUAUAUGUACAAAGGCAGACCAAGACGCUACAAAUACACUCAAAGAUGGCGUGAGCAUGGCUUGAGAAUGCCAGUGGGAUCAAGCGCAGAGUCCUGUUUCUGGGCUGAGGUAGAGGAGCUGCUGCUGCUCUAUAGGACUGCCGACCCUGGAGCAUUUGAAGUUAUCAGGGAAAGAACUAUAAAUCUGGAAAGAAAGUUGGAUGAAUGGAUUCGUAGUAACCAAAUAAGCAAUGAUGUGUUCUUGAAAGGCUCCACCUUUACCAAAUGGUGGAUAACACUUCCUAUCCAACACAAAUCCGUCUCUCCAAUCCAGGGGCAGAUCAACAGAGAAAUCUAAGUUAUUUCUAUGUAUGCAAACUCUGGUUCUACGUGCACUAAAAUACUUACUAUGUUCAAACAAGUAGAACAACUUUGUUUCA